AAAGGCAGCUCUAGCAGAUGGGGGAGAGGCACAGCAAGCAUUUGCGUCGCUUGCAUCACCACCGCCUGAAAACAAACCUGGAUUGCUAGAGAGGAGCUCGCCGGCUGGCCAAGUGAAUGAAAUCCAGCAGCAUGGCUUGAUUUCUGAAGGGGUUGGAUUGCUAAAAAUCAUGGGGAACCAAGAUGGGAAGCUAAAGAAAAAUACAGGUGAUGUAUGUGAAGGAGGAGAGGAUGCUUCUGGGCCCAAGGAUACAGAAGGCACAAAGAAGGGAGCAGGAAGCAAAAAGGGACUGGGGAAGCAUGGUAAAGGAAGUGAAUCUGGCAAAAAGAAGGGUAAGUCCGACUCUAGGGCCUCAGUGUUUUCAAAUCUGAGGAUCAGAAAAAAUCUGUCCAAGGCUAAAGAUGGGACCAGUAGUUCAAGGGAGGAUGUUUUAGAAAGCCAGGCCUUGAAUACAGGGGAGCUAGACAGUGCUCAUUCAAUUAUUAACAAAACUCCGGAUAUAAGCCUUUCUGCAGAUGAAGCGGGUCUCUCGGAUACAGAUGUUGAGCAUUUUGAAAUUACAAAUGAAACUCACCCAGCUGCUGCAGAGGCGCAGGAUGGACAAAGGACCAGCUCUGGCUCCGAUACGGAUAUAUACAGUUUCCAUUCAGCCACAGAACAAGAGGAUUUGCUUUCUGAUAUCCAGCAAGCUAUUAGACUGCAGCAACAGCAGGGGGCAAUUAACAAUGGAACUGAGGAGCAUGUCACCAAAACAAUGGACCCACACAUGGCUAAUUCUCAUGCAGCCCCCUUAGAUCUUGAACGGUUUCUUUCAGUGACUAGCAGUGACAAAGAGAGUAGCCCAGAAACUGAGCAGGCUGUCUCCGCAAUAUCUGAAAUUACAGAAAACAUUCCUAUCAGUGAAAUUGAAAGUGAACUGAAAGAUACAGCAAAUGUAACCGGGUAUGCUGGUAACCAUUUAUUUGAAACACAAGAACACAAGCUAUGGACUGUUGAACAGGAACCUCUUGAGGCUGGAGUGAAUGCUGUAGCUAGUGAACUCAAGGAUUACCCACAUUUAAAUGUAGCAGUGACAGAAAAUGGGUCUCACAGUGAUAGUUCUGCGUUCCAUUUUCUGUUCCCAGCAGCAGAUUCGGAGACUAAAAUUAGUGAAGUACAAGCUGUUGUUUUCCCAGGUUCUGGAAGAGAUGAUGAUUUUUCAGAUGCAGGCCAUGACCAUGCUGCUGAGACUCAGGAAGGCAAAUGCAGUCUAUCAGCCAGCCAAGAGGCACUGGAGAGUGGUUUUUCUACUGAAAUGAAAAAUGGCACUUUGUCAUCUGGGGAGAUAGUGGGCAGUCCUCAGCUCAGUUCCCGAUGCUUUAAGCCCUACCUAAUUAACCCAUGUUACAUCAAAACCACAACUAGGCAGCUGAGUUCUCCCAAUCAGUCACCUUCUCUUUCCCCAUCCCAGAGCCCACUUUUUAAGAGAAGACGCGAGUCCUUCCAAAGAAAAGAGAAGGCAUCAGUCAAGAAGCAAAGGUCCGUCAGUUUGGCUGGUUAUUUCAGUCGAUCAGCAGACUGGACAGAAGAGCUAUCUGAUCACAAAGGUGAAAUAUCUAAAAAGAUUGGCUCUGCAGACUUCUUGGAGUACAGGCGGUCCAGGGAGAGAUUGCAAGAAGAAAAAGAACAUUUGACUCACUCAAGAAAAUCCUCAGGGAUCCAGGCUUCUACUGAUACCUUUCCCAAUGUCUUUACAGGGCGAACUCUUCUGGAAAAACUGUUCAGCCAGCAGGAGAAUGCCCCACAGGAAGAAGCAGAAAAGCUAUGUUCUAGGAUCAUUGCGAUGGGGCUCCUACUUCCUUUCAGCGAUUGCUUCAGAGAACCAUGUAAUCAGAGUGCGCAGCAGAGCACGCCCACGUUUGAUCAAGACCAGCUUUAUACUUGGGCUGCAGUUAGCCAACCCACACAUUCAUCGGAUUACAUCGAAGGGAGGUUUCCAAGGAGAAUUCCAUCCGUGUGGCCACCACCCAAGCCUCCUGAUGAGGAACAAAAACUCAAACAUAUGGAAGCAGAGGACAGUGAAGAGUUUGAAGCAGCUAUCUUGGAAACGCAGAAACAAUACAUAGAGGAUGUUCAGCGGGUACAGGGUGAUUUUGAGUUGAAAUCUGAGGAACGUGCUAAUGUAAUUCAGCAGCUGGAGCAAACCAUUGAGGAUCUGAGGACCAAAAUUGCAGAACUGGAGAAACAGUUCCCAGCAACAGAGGCACAGAUUCCUUUAAGAGACCAAGAGAGUCAGAGUGGACACUCGGUUUGUGAGGAACGUGGUAAUGUGGAUCUUCAAACAAAUGAAGAGAAUGUCCUACCCAAAACUGUUUUACAAGUAAAAUCAGUACAGACUUCACCAGUAGAAGAUUGUUUUACACACUCAAAGCCUUCAGCCAACACACUGCCACAGUCUCCUCCCCACCUGGAAGCAGAUAAAAUUGAACGGCCAUCUCAACAAUUGCCAACUCUUGAACUAGAUCCCACAUAUUGUUCUGAAGUAUCUUUAAUUCUGUCACCAAAAUUAACCUCAAUGCAGUUGGAUGAAAGCCAGUCCACAGAAAGUACAUCACAGCCACCUCGUCCAGGACCUGACACGGAUCUAUCCUCUUUGUUUGAAGAAGCGACUGUAUCACCAGCUCCCCAUCAGUCUCGAAGUACUGAGAGUGUGACUUGCAGUGAAUGUUUCCCUUCCGUAUCCUCUGAACCCACUUGUAGCAUCCCACCCCCACUGCCUGGCACAGAACUAUCUAUUCCCCUGCCUGGAGCAGGAGGCUCUUCUUUCACAUCACGCUUGCCUGGUGCAGGUGUCCCAUCCCCACCACCUUUACCUAGUUCAGGACCUUUCUUGCCUUUGGCUGGCACAGCAAUGCCAUCCCUGGGCCCCUCAUUGCCUGGAAUAAUUAUGCCACCUCCUCUACCCCCACCUUUGCCUGAUGGAGUGAUGCCACUGCCUCCCACUCCCCCAUUUCUUCCAUGUGCAGGAAUCCUACCUCCAGCCCCUCCUCUGCCUGGGGCCGGAAUACCUCCAGCCCCUCCUCUGCCUGGGGCCGGAAUACCUCCAGCCCCUCCUUUGCCUGGUAUGGGAAUCCCUCCCCCUCCUCCACACCCUCCUUUGCCUGGUGCUAGUAUCCCAUGCCCACCUCCUUUGCUUGGUAUGGGAAUGCCACCCCCGCCCCCACCUUUGCCUGGUGUAGGUAUACUGCCCCAUCCCCCACCUCUUCCUGGUAUGGGGAUGCCACCCCCUCCCCCACCUUUGCCUGGUGCAGGUGUCCCACCCCCUCCCCUGCCUUUACCGGGCAUGGGAAUGCCACCUCCUGCCCCGCCGCCACCUCCACCUGGGGCAGCUCUUCCACCACCAGCCCAGGGAGGCUUCCUGCCAACUUUUGGCCUUCCACAAGUUUGUGGGGUUCUUCCUCCUCCAUUACCAGUUGGUUUAUUUGUAAUGGGGAUGAAUCAGGAUAAAGGGAGCAGGAAACAUGCAAUAGAACCUUCUCGACCCAUGAAGCCUCUUUAUUGGACAAGAAUUCAGCUUCAUAGUAAAAGAGAUUCUAAUGCUUCGCUUGUGUGGGAAAAAAUUGAAGAGCCUUCCAUAGAUUAUCAUGAGUUUGAAGAACUGUUUUCCAAAACAGCUGUUAAAGAGAGGAAGAAACCAAUUUCAGACACCAUCACAAAGACAAAGGCUAAACAAGUUGUCAAGUUAUUAAGCAACAAAAGAUCUCAGGCAGUUGGAAUAUUAAUGUCCAGUCUUCAUUUAGAUAUGAAAGACAUCCAGCACGCUGUUGUGAACUUGGACAACUCUGUGGUUGACCUAGAGACCCUUCAAGCCCUCUAUGAGAAUAGAGCACAAUCAGAUGAACUGGAAAAAAUAGAAAAGCAUGGCAAAUCAUCCAAAGAGAGGGAGAAUGCCAAAUCUUUGGACAAACCUGAACAGUUUCUUUAUGAACUCUCACUAAUCCCCAACUUUUCAGAACGAGUAUUUUGUAUCCUGUUCCAAUCAACAUUUUCAGAAACCAUUUGCUCUAUCCAUCGCAAACUUGAAUUGCUACAGAAACUGUGUGAGACAUUGAAAAGUGGGUCAGGAGUUAUGCAGGUUCUGGGUUUGGUUCUCGCAUUUGGAAAUUACAUGAAUGGUGGAAACAGGACACGGGGACAAGCAGAUGGGUUUGGAUUGGACAUUCUUCCAAAGCUAAAAGAUGUUAAGAGCAGUGAUAAUAGCAGAAGUCUUCUAUCAUAUAUUGUCUCAUAUUAUUUGCGUAAUUUUGAUGAGGAUGCUGGAAAAGAGCAAUGCAUCUUUCCUCUUCCCGAGCCACAGGACCUCUUUCAGGCUUCACAAAUGAAAUUUGAAGACUUUCAAAAAGAUCUUCGCAAACUAAAAAAAGAUUUGCGAGCAUGCGAGACACAAGCGGGGAAAGUUUAUCAGGUAUCACUAGAAGAGCACAUCCAGCCUUUCAAAGACAGCAUGGAGCAAUUCAUUAAUCAAGCUAAAAUCGACCAAGAAAAUGAAGAGAAGUUACUGACAGAAGCACAUAAAAGCUUUUUGGAAACUGCAGCCUAUUUCUGUAUGAAACCAAAAAUGGGAGAGAAGGAAGUGUCACCUCAUGCUUUCUUCAGUAUUUGGCAUGAAUUCAGUUCUGACUUCAAAGACCUCUGGAAGAAGGAAAACAAACUUAUUUUGCAAGAAAAGGUUAAAGAAGCAGAGGAAGUGUGCAGACAGAAAAAGGGGAAAUCACUUUAUAAUAUAAAGCCAAGACAUGAUUCUGGAAUAAAAGCAAAGAUAAGUAUGAAGAUCUGAGAGAAGAAAUGCAAAAGCCAUUGCCACUUGAUCAGGAAAACUCAACAUGUCUGUUGGGCACGGGAAAGGAAACUACAUCAUUCAGAUCAUUGUUUUCUUCUUGGCCUUUCAAAUUUGCUUUUUGUUCUCUAGAGUUUCUCACUGAUAGAUGUGUACUAUACAUUCAUGAAUGAAUGUAAUCACUGUAAUUAAGUGCCCAGCAAUAGAUUAGUUAUGGACAUGAGACAAGUUCCCUAUAUCCCAUGCCUCGUUCUCCACCCAAAAACUGGUAUUUUGUAAAGUUCGUGGUCUAAUACCAGUAGACCAAACCAGCAUGCCUAAGAGGCAGCAUCUGCAUCAGUUCUGAACAUGCUGAAAAUUCUAUUAAAGUUGAACUUCACAAGAAUGCUACUUGAUACAGUAAAAUAUUUCCAUUCCUACUGGCAACAUCUGUCUAACACAAAUACUCCAUGGCACUGCAUUUAGAUUAGGGAAAGAAAUGUUACUUCUAGUGAAUUGUUUGUAUCCGUUUCAUGUCGACAUUUGUAGUUUGUAUUUUGAAUCGUUAAGUGCUGUUUAUACAGUAUAAUCAAUGCUUUCUCAACUUGUUUGGUUGCCCACCAUGACUAAAUAUUUGUGGAACAAGAUGUUUACCGUAACUAUCUUUAAAAUCGAUAAGGCAUCGUACUUUUUCUUCAUCUUUUGCCAGAUAGUGAAUAGCAGGAGAGGGGAGUUGGAAAACCUGAACCAAAAACAUUUAAGUGAAAAGCAGUAAACACAGAAAAUCACAGGAGUACUUCAGAGGAUAAAAGAGGAACUCGGGCACUAUAGCUUGCUAGCAUGUAAAGCAGCUGAUUUGUAUGCAGAAAAACUUAAGGGAUAUUACAGUUAUAUUGCUGAUUAUUUGAGUCAUAUAGGAUUCUCAGGACUACGAUGUUUCUAGCUAGACUUCCUUUCUGAAUUAUCUUUUCAAUUAAUUUAAGACUCCCUUUAACAGGGAUAUAAAAAGAUAUAUCUAGGAAUUGGCAUUAGAGAAAUACAGUAGUCAACUCUAGUAACAAAACAAUGGCGAUUGACUAAUUCAUGUCAAUUUCACAUUUAACAUCAGAGUCAUAAACUUUGCUCUCUAAGUAGUCCAUAUCAUUGGCUAGGAGGCAAUGGAAAUCUGUGAUUAUGCCUUCCUUUUUAAUCCACAUGAUUAAUUUCUAUUUGUGAUCUGGAAAUUAACUUAAGGAUUUAUUAGUUUUGAUUUGUUGACCCAAUAAAGACCCUCUGCCCCAGAUGUAACUACUGAGCCCAACAUGAAUUGGCCUUGUAACCAUUCUCUUUCAAAGCACUGUUUUCUUGGAAACAGCAAUGUGUGGAAUGAAUUGGGUUCACAUGCUCACAAUCUCUUAGCAUCGAAGACAUAGGGGUAGCAUAAACCUCUGAGUGGUUUGAGGUCUAACUUGCUGGGGUGGAUUAUUCCCUGUCUAGCCUAGUAUAUCACAAGACAUUCCUGGCUGUCCAGAGGCAAAUAUACUGUACCAGGUGUCAUAAGGGCAAUGUAAAAUAUGACCUCAGGAAUCCAUUGUUAGUCACUUAUACUAAGCACUAGACAAGAUGUUCUUCACUUGUGUGAAAAAUAAGUCUCCUGUAGCUUGAUAAAACUAUAUGAAAUUCUGUGUUCACAAUAAUUUCUGGCAAGAAUAUGAUUAUCAAGAAUUGAUUUCUAAAAUCAUGUGUUGUUGGGAGUAAUGUUACUUCUUGCAAAAGGAAAAGAGAUUUGCUGUUAUGAGUAACCUAUGGAAAGUAACUUAAAAAUAAAGUUUAUUUUAAUGGCACUGAUUCAAACCCAUGUUUGUAUUUAUGUAAACUAUAGUCUUUUGCUCUUAACUUUUGCAUUUAUUUUUAUUUAAGUGCAAGGAUACAGUCGCAUGUUUUGGUUUUGUAGCCUUCCUGUUCCCUUCAGUACCAACGGUAUGUAUAUUACCAUACUAAAUGAAAUAAUAGGAUAUCUAACAGAGAUCGCUAUGUGCAAUACUGUAUUUAGUGUUUCUACUUCAAUUUUUUUAGAAUGUUAAUUUAUAUGAAAAUAAAAGGAAUAAUGAGACCAAA